AUGGUGUCCUUCUCCUCCAUCCUUCUGGCCUGCUCCGCCGCAAUUGGGGCGCUAGCAACUCCAAUUGAGCCACUCGCAGACCAUCCCAACGAGGCCUUCAACGAAACAGCAUUCAAUGACCUCGUGGGCCGCUCCACACCCAGUAGCACGGGCUAUAACAAUGGCUACUACUAUUCCUUCUGGACCGACGGCGGCGGUGAUGUGACUUACACAAACGGCAACGGCGGUUCAUACAGCGUGCAAUGGUCCAACGUCGGCAACUUCGUCGGCGGGAAAGGAUGGAACCCCGGAAGCUCUAGAGCAAUCACCUACUCCGGAAGCUUCAACCCCAGCGGAAACGGCUACCUAGCUGUGUACGGCUGGACCACUGACCCCCUGAUUGAAUACUACAUCGUCGAGUCGUACGGCACAUACAACCCCGGCAGCGGCGGCACCUACAAGGGCCAGGUUACCUCCGACGGAGGCACAUAUAAUAUCUAUACCUCUGUUCGAACCAAUGCACCAUCUAUCAUCGGGACGGCGACCUUUACGCAGUUUUGGUCUGUGAGGACUUCGAAGCGUGUGGGUGGCACGGUCACUACGGGGAAUCAUUUCAAUGCGUGGGCUAAGUAUGGGUUGACCUUGGGGACGCAUAAUUAUCAGAUUGUGGCUACGGAGGGGUAUCAGAGUAGUGGGUCUUCUGCUAUCACUGUUUAUUGA